GCAUCUGAAGAGGAAUGAUCGAUCACUCGGACUACGGACUGGCAAUUCUCUGCCUUCGCAGACUGCGCUCUUUACAGCAGCAGCGCCGAAUGGGCCACCUCCGACAGGUGGAACAGGUGAGGUGCGCGGCGCUCGACGCGUCCAAGCCUUGAGCAACUUGGAGCUUACAACGGCUUUCUUGGUGCAUGACGAACAAAUCAGUCUGCUACAGCACCAACUGUCGCUGGUGUACAAGCUUCCAAGCGAGCUCGGCUUGUCACAAGUCUUGCAGAAGGCGGUGAAGGGAUGGCAGAAGGCCCAUAAACCGGGCUCGGGUGGCUCGACCAAUGAGCGUUACAACAACUUCAUGGCCCUGGCUACUCGCUUGUCGGAUCCGUCUUCGCAUGCAUCUUUGUCUCGCGAGAUCACGCACUGCUCGGCUAGGCCAAAUCUCAAAAAGACCCAUCUCAUCCUCGACUUGCGCAUUGCCCUGUGUUCCGAGCUCAUGCCAUACUCCACUCUCUUUAUGGAGGUUUUGGACACCUAUGACGGUGAGUGGCUCGGCAAGAAGGCACCAGGAGGGCUGGCGCGCAAGGCCCGAGGGAAAGCGUAA